GCAAGAGCAGCAGCAGCAGCAGCAUGAUGAAUGACAGCAAUUUAAAGUGUGACAAAAGUAAGCGGUAUAAAAGUGGAUUAUAACUUGUCUUUCUUCUUUCUCCCUUCCAUAGUUAUAUUUUUGUUAUAUCAAUGAGCUCUUCUGAGAGAAAACCUGUUCUGUAUAGUUAUUUUAGAUCUUCUGCUUCUUGGCGUGUUCGUAUUGCUUUAGCAUGGAAGAACGUAGACUAUGAAUAUAAGCCAGUCAACCUGCUAACCCAUGCCAACCUUGAGAGUGACUAUCGUCAGGUUAAUCCUACCGGUAAGGUUCCUGCUUUUAUAACGGCCGAAGGAGAGGUUCUUGCUCAAAGUCAAGCAAUAUUAGAGUAUUUAGAAGAAACGUUUCCAGAACGCCCUAUGCUUCCCAAUUCACCAGUUAAACGAGCAGAGGUUCGUGAAGUUUGCCAGAUUAUUGCUUGUGAUAUCCAUCCGCUUCAGAACUUGGGUGUUCUGCAACGUAUCUCCGGCGAUGACAUGGAUAAAAAAGUAGAAUGGGCAAGAAAUACCAUCACUUUAGGUUUCCAAGGUUUAGAAAAGCGAUUGGAGAAGCUGAGUGGAACUUAUUGUAUAGGCGAUUCCGUAACCAUGGCGGAUUUUUUCUUGGUACCUAUGGUUGGUAAUGCAAAUCGUUGGAAUGUGGAUAUGAGUCAGUUCCCUCUUAUUACAAAGAUCAAUAAUAACCUCAUGACUCUACCUGAAUUCAUUGCUGCUUCGCCUCCUAAGCAACCCGACUGCCCUGAAGAGUUAAGAAAAUAGAAACCAAACAAUGGUCAUUAUUGAAUCCAUUUUGGCUUUAGUUACGUAUGAAGAAAACCUUAUUCAUUACUGCAAAACGAAACAAUAAAAAAAGGGAACUCUGCCUCAUUAUUAAAAUUGAAGCCAGUUCGCUCUAUAACUUCUCGUAUGUGUUGUUUAAAUACUAUUCUUGCCAUAAACAGAGAGGUGUUUCGUACAAAAGUUUUAAAAAAGAUGGCAUAGGCAAGAGAGGGCAUAACUUCUCCAUCCAGAAUCUGUUUUAUGCUGGCAUCCAAAUGCCACGGCCCUUUUAGUGUAUAAGGCGGCGCCUGAUUUUAGG